AUGGAUUUAAUCGAAGACCUCGUGGCACGGCCAGUUCUUUGGUCAGCUAGUCAAGAAUAUAUCAUCAAGCAACCAUAUGAUCAUCUUGCGCUACAACCGGGUAAGAAUUUUCGAAAUAAGCUAAUACAAAUAUUUAAUAAGUUUUACAAACUUUCCUCUGAGCAAGUAUCGAUUAUAUCCCAGCUAGUGGGGAUUCUGCAUGUUUCAAGUUUACUUAUUGAUGAUAUAGAGGACAAUUCUAUUUGGAGACGAGGGAAGCCGUCGGCACAUGUUGUAUUUGGGUUACCUAUGGUUAUAAACACGGCAAACUAUAUGUAUUUUGUGUCGAUGUCGCUGUUGCAAAAGCUAGCUGAGAAUCAAAAACCGGAGGUACUGUCUCAGCUUCUAUUAAUAUUCAAUGAAGAAAUGAUGAAUCUACAUAGAGGACAAGGGUUGGAUAUUUAUUGGAGAGAUAAUUUUAUAGUGCCGUCGGAACUAGAUUACUAUAAAAUGGUUAUGAAUAAAACCGGAGGGUUAUUCCGCCUUACCAUAAGGAUCAUGGAAUGCCUUCAAGGGAAGGUGGAAUAUUCUUUGGUGCCUUUGACUAAUAUCUUGGGGGUGCUAUAUCAGGUUAGAGACGACUACCUGAAUUUAAAAGAUUCAAAGAUGAUCUCACUCAAGGGAUUCGCAGAUGAUAUUACGGAAGGCAAAUUUUCCUUUCCUAUAAUACAUGGGCUGCAACAUGCCAGGGAAAAUGAUCCGAAGGGGUUUGAGCUGCUCAGUAGGACAUUAAAACGGCAACAUAAUAAUGACGAAGAGAAAGUAAUGGUUGUGGAGUACUUAUCGAACGUUAGUUGCUCCCUUCACUAUACCAAAGUUAAAAUAUACCAAAUAUGCGAGUUAAUAAAAAGGAAGUAUAUACCACGCGAGGAUAAGGAUCUUCAUGCUUUUGUAGACAAACUGAGCUCACUUUAG